UUGAGGUGAUUGAAUUCCAGUUUGAGGUCCAAGAGAAAGGCCCAACCAUGGUUUUGAUUAUAGGGAUAGUGAGUACAAGAGUUAGUGUGUUAGUAAGCCGUAUCGAAGGAUUGAAGACAAACAAAAGCCUCAACGAAAGACUUGGUAUCCCUAUUGUAGAAAAAAAAACCAUGAUGUUAGAACAAAUCGUGGAGGUCCAGGAAAUUGUUGAUGAAACCAUAAGAGACCGUAGUCUUUAUGACCCACAAGCCCUAGAAUAUUUUUUUAGAAUAUUAACAGAUGUUAGCCAGAAUAACAACCCUGAUGGCAAUGACGAAGGAGAAGAUAAUAUUGUGUACCUGCCCUCCUAUAUCCAAUUGAAUCCACCUCUAGUACCUUCUGUAGUCCCCAUCCCGAAAGUUCUCCCGGAGUCUCGACAACCAAGACCUACCGUAACUGAAGUAUUCGACGCUUACUACGACGAAUCCGCAGAAGAACCUCUUGAAAGUAUUGCUUUCGGCUUUAAGGAAGAAGAACGAGAAACCGAAUUGGAAGUUUUUCUUCAAAAGCUUAUCGCCGAAUGUGAAGCUGUCAUACAAAAAUGGGCCCCGAAAAAGAAAAAGGCAAAAAAAUGGAAGUCGAAAAAAAGAAAGUUAGUUGCUAGAAUAGGAGGCGCUGAAGAAACAUACCCAGUUGGACCUUACUGCGAAGAAGUUGGAGUUAAGAAGGUUAAAGAAAAGAAAGAAAUCGAAGUCGAAAAGGAAGAAACUGGAGUUGAAAAGGACGAAGAAAAAAAAGUUGAAGUUAAAAGAGAAGAAAAGGAAGAAACUAAAGAAGAAAAAAAAGAAAAGUAUAAGGAAAACGUACCCGUGAGAAUCGGAAAAAUCCCGUAG